AUGGUCAACAAUCUCCUGGAGGAUGUCCACAGCGGCUGGACACCUCUUGGUCCUGAGGCUGCCCUUUGCAUCCAGGAUGUUUUUCACACUUCGGGUCUGGUCACCCUUGUAAAAAAGAACCUGGCCGAUGACAUGAUUUUCCUGCCAACUGGCAAAUCCAUAGAAAAACCGACCCGGCCGCACACAACGGGGGGCUGGGAUCUGCCCGGGAGCCGGAGCAGCUGCUGCUCCCCCCAUGGGGUCUGUGCUGGGGGGGAGACCUUCAUUAACCCCUCCCCCCUGGGCCGGAGACUGCAGGGGCCGGUGACCUUUGAGGAGGUGGCUGUGUAUUUCACCAGGGAAGAGUGGGCUCUGCUGGACCCCGCUCAGAGAGCUCUCUACAGAGCCGUCAUGCAGGAGAACUACGAGAAUGUGACCUCGCUGGAGUUCCCAGUUGACAGACCCGAUGUGAACUCCCAGCUGGAACGAGGGGAAGAGCCGUUGGUCCCAGAUCACCAGGGCUCAGAGGAAAGAGAGAUCCUGAAAUGUACCUACACUGGUGAUGGGACGGUGAGUGAGACGAGGGAGCAGAAUUCUAAAGAGGAACAAGUGGAACUGCACAGGGCAUCAUCGCAAAGAGACAAAGGGAAUGUGCCUGGGAAUUGUGAGCAGGGAGAAGGUUAUGGGCAUCAGCAGAGGCCAGAGCAGCAGCCGGGAAACCAGACAGAGGAAAAAGUGGGUAAAUCCAUUAAUUGUUGGGAAACUCACAAAGAUGUCAAGGGAACCCCAGCCCAGCAGAGAAUCCUCAGGGGAAAGAGAAACAACCCAGGCACUGAGUGUGGGAAAAAUGUCAGUAGAUGCUCAGACCUUAUUAACCAUGAGAGAAUCCACACGGGAGAGAAACCCUAUGAAUGCUGUGAGUGUGGGAAAAACUUCACUCAGCGCUCAGCCCUUAUUAGACAUCAAAGAAUCCACAUGGAAGAGAGCCCCUAUGGAUGCUGUGAGUGUGGGAAAAAAUUUUCUGAUAGCUCAUCCCUUAUUCAACAUCAGAGAAUUCACACGGGAGAGAGACCCUAUGAAUGCUAUGAGUGCAGGAAAAGCUUCGCUCAGAGAUCAACCCUUAUGACACAUCAGAGAAUCCACACAGGAGGGCGGCCCUAUGAAUGCUGUGAGUGUGGGAAAAGCUUCACUCAGAGAUCAACCCUUAUUCAACAUCAGAGAAUCCACACGGGGGAGAGACCCUACGAAUGCUGUGAGUGUGGAAAAAACUUCAUUAACAGCUCAGCCCUUAUUACACAUCAGAGAAUUCACACAGGGGAGAGGCCCUAUAAAUGCUGUGAGUGCAGGAAAAUCUUCACUAACAGCUCAGCCCUUAUUAAGCAUCAGAGAAUCCACACAGGGGAGCGACCCUAUGAAUGCUGUGAGUGUGGGAAAAGUUUCACUCAGAGCUCAGACCUUCUUAUACAUAAGAGAAUCCACACAGGAGAAAGACCCUAUAAAUGCAGUGACUGUGGGAAAAGCUUCACGAAGAGAUCAGUCCUUAUUGCGCAUCAGAGAAUCCACACGGGGGAGAGACCCUAUGAAUGCUGUGAGUGUGGGAAAAGCUUCACUCAGAGCUCUGACCUUAUUAUACAUGAAAGAAUCCACACAGGAGAAAGACCCUAUGAAUGCAGCGAGUGCAGGAAAAGCUUCACUAAGAGCUCCGUUCUUAUUGCACAUCAGAGAAUCCACAUGGGGGAGAGAUUCCAUGAAAGCUGUGAGUGUGGGAAAAGCUUCACUGAUAGAUCAGCCCUUAUUAGACAUCAGAGAAUCCACAAAAGAGAUCAACCCUAUGAAUGCUGUGAGUGUGGGAAAAACUUCACACGUAACUCAGCCCUUAUCAUACAUCAGAGAAUCCACAUGGGUGUGAAACCCUAUGAAUGCUGGGAGUGUGGGAAAAGCUUCCAUCAGAGCUCACACUUUAUUUACCAUCAGCAAAUCUGCAAGGGAAAUAAGCACCAUGAAGACCUUGUCUAGGGUUAUUAAACAUUUUCUUUUCCCCCUGUAAUACUUUUGCUAAUUCCCACAGAGUGACUUUUAAGGCUAUUUUGUACCUUUGGCUUCACUGUGGUCAUUCAACUCCCCCAGGUGAGUUGCCCACCUCUGACUUGUGCAGUUCACUCUUCUUUUGGGAGAAUCCUGUUGUCUUUUCUAUCUACUCCAUUUUCCAAUGAAUAAUGGGAGUGUGCAUCUCUCCUUCCAGGAAUGUCCUUCAGACACAGGUGGGGAACAGAAGGGUGACCUCAACUAAUUACAUUGAGGGAAAAUAUACUAGGGGUCUCAUCUCCACUACGAUUUUCAUGGGGUUAGCCAGCUGGAGGUAGCUGUCCUGAUGUAAAAAUGCAACUAUUCUUGCAGUAAAGACAUUGCUGAGUACAGAGGCUGGGAUUAUCUAACAUGUUUCCUCACGACCUGACCUCACCUCCCACACUUUUCCUGAUCUAAACAACCCUGCAGCAUCACAACACAGCAAUUGUUAGAGCCACUGAGACCCGAUUGUCGUAUUUACAAGUGUUCUGACGUUGCUCAGAGUUGGGAUGAACAACAAUUAUUUUUGGUACCCUUCUUCUCAUUUAAAAUGGAAUUAAUUAUCACAUGGAGCAGGGGCAGGGGGGAAAGUAUCUGUUCAGCUUCUGUGACGCCUGAAGGAGAUAGGAUGAGUCGGAGAGAUUCCCUCUUCCCCCAUCAUCCCAUCACUGUUACUCUCUGCCUGAGCCCUGCAAACUUUUAUCUUCUUCCCCAUUCAGCCCUCUGUCAUGCUGUCUAGAACGGCUCACCAACGUGAGUGCCUACCUCAGGGCAGACUGUCAAAAAAGGGCCAGAAACGCUAAACUGGUCUGUGUUCUACAAUUAGACUUCACCAAACCAAUAACAAAUAUGAAUUCCUGGAUCACUAUAACAGUCUUACCACGGAGUCACAGACAGGCCCCUUAGGCCUGGUCCACAUUAACCCCCCACUUCGGACUAAGGUACGCAAAUUCAGCUACGUUAAUAACGUAGCUGAAUUCGAAGUACCUUAGUCUGAACUUACCGCGGGUCCAGACGCGGCAGGGAGGCUCCCCCGUCGAUGCCGCGUACUCCUCUUGCCGAGCUGGAGUACCGGCGUCGACGGCGAGCACUUCCGGGAUCGAUUUAUCGCGUCUAGACAAGACGCGAUAAAUCGAUCCCAGAAGAUCGAUCGCUUACAUCCGGACCAGGAAGUAAGUAUAGACGUAACUUUAGACUCUCCAGUCUCUCUUGCCAUCCAGACAAACUGGACUUAGUGAUAAAUGGUCACUUACACCAAAAAUCACACUGCAGUCAGGCACAGGGACCGGCUCUGCCUCAGGCCCUGCCCCCACCUGACCCCUUCCCCCAGGCCUCUACCCCCAUCCCGCCUCAUCCCACCCCUGCUCCACCCCAGACCCAGGCCCCGCCCCUGCCCUGCCUUUUCCCGCCCCCCCUCUACCCCUGUCCUGCCUCUUUCUGCCCAGUUCCAUCCCCUCCCCUGAGCACACCUUGGCCUUGCUCCUCCCCGGUCCCUCCAGCGCCUCCUGCACACCGCGGAACAGCUGGUCAUGGUGGGCAGGAAGUGCUUAAAGAGAGGGGGAGGAGUUGAUUGGCAGAGCCACUGGCAGAUGGGAAGUGCUGGGGGAAGAGGGGGAGCUGGCUGCCAGUGGGUGCUGAGCAUCAACUAAUUUUUUUCCAUGGGUGUUCCAGCCCUGGAGCUCCCACGGAGUCAGCACUUAUGCAUUCAGGUCCCUUCCAGUACGAAGAGACCAAUCGUUUACCCCAGAUCAAUUGGUAUUCUAAAUCCUACACCAAAGACAACGCUUGUAGCCAGUCCUGUAAGAAACUAUCUAAAGAUUUAUUAACUAGGAAAAAAGAACAAGAGAGUUACUUACUGGUUAAAGCAAGCAAAUGUAGACACACAAAUGAGUUACCAUCUAAAUCCUAAGGGUCACAGAGGUGUAGCGAUCUGUCUGUUCAAAGUGUCUUUCAGGGCAGACCCAGGAGAUUAAAGGGGGACGUGAUAGUGGUCUUCAGAUACUUGAAAGGCUGCUAUAACAAAGAUGGAGAAAAGUUCUCUCUGGCCCCAGAGGGCAGGAGAAGAGGCAUUAGGUUCAAACUACAGCAUAGGAGAUUUAGAUUAAAUCUCAGAAAAAACUUCCUAACUCUAAGAACAGUAGGAAAAUGGAAUGGACUGCCUAGGGAAGUCAUGGAAGCUCCUUCACUGGAAGUUUUCAGAAGGAGGCUGGAGAGCCAUCUGUCUUGGAUGGUUUAAAUUUAAUCAAUCCUAUCUCCUAGAGCUGGAAGGGACCUGAUUUCACCCCAGAUUCCUAAGUGGCCCGCUCAAGGAUUGAACUCACAACUCUGGGGUUUAGGAGGCCACUACUCAAACCACUGAACUAACCCUCUCCCCAACACAGCCUCCAUUUUGGUAGAGGGUCAGACUAGAUGAUCCUUGCGGUCCCUUCUAACCCUAUGGUUCUAUGAUCCUUUUGUUGGACAGGAGAUAACACAUCCUGCGGCAAACCAGUAUUUCAUACUUGCUAAUGUUUCUCUCCUGACUGUGGCAGUUUGCAUUUGACGAGCCAAAACUUUAACAACUCCAAGAGCAAACACUCAAAUACUACCUCACAACAUGGGAUACAGACAUUAUAAGUGAGAUUAACACCUGCAGCAAUAUACAAGCAUUUCAGAGGGUCUGAACACUAAACACCUUCUUAUAAAACCAAUACCUGUUUUGAGCAAAACUAACACACAGGUGAACUGGUCUGGUCUCCAGCUAUGCAUUUGUGAGUUCUUAGCUAAUGCCUGAAGCCUGGACAAGAACUGGCCACUGGCUUCCAGGAUCACACCCUCCCUCUCCCAAAGUGGCAUAUGAUGCAGUGUUCUCAGCUCUGUUUGCCUGAGAUCACUCUUUGUUUUCUUUGAUCCUAAAUCAGACUCAUUGGGGCUCAUUGAGAUAGUGUCAUGUACCACCAUGGGAAUUUGGAUGGAUCCCAGACACAGUGUGAUCAUUCUGAGUUUAAAUCCCAGUUUCCAUCUUUUGGCAGAGUGACUUCUGGGCUUUCUCCUGCUGAAAUUGGAAGAUUGGCUGUUUUUUCAGAGAACAGGGUGUGGAUCUGCUGUCCUGAUUCUGAGUCAUGAGCUGUAAUCUGCUCUGGAAUUUUACUUUAUAUGAAACUGAAAGUGUCUUAUACCACUCAGUGAUGUGGGUCUUCCUCUUUCCUGAAGGCUGUUUGGUUACGUACCUGGAUAUUAGUUUUGUUUGACAGAAUGUAGCUCAGAUUUAUUGGGGACUUUGGGACAAAUAACUAUCUGUUAAAAAUAGUCACUUCUUAUUUUAUUUUUGCUUUCCUCCCACCCUUUCAUGAUGACAUGGAGAAAUUUGUAAUGCACUUCAGGCAACAGGGGAGAAUACUCUAAGGUAUUGGACAUGCUACCAAGGGAAAGAGGUGUUUUUAAAUCCCCACUAUGAAAUGGUGAACGACUGCCCACCCCAGAUUGUGCAACGUACUGAUUAUAGUUUUGUUCAAUUCUUUAGGUCCAUAUUGUCUUAGCUCAGUGGUCCCCAACCUUUCCGUGGGGCGGGUGCUGGACGACUAGCCGCCGAGAAGCAUGGGUGCUGGACAAGCAGCCACCCAAAUGCCGCCGAGAAACGGCAGUGCCAAGAAGCAUUGCCGCCAAAAUACCGCUGACAAGCAGCGUCCUCAAGAGGCGUCGCUGCCAAAAUGCUGCCAAAAAUCGGCAUUUCGGUGGCGGCUCUUCUUGACUUUGCCGCUUCUCGGCAGCAUUUUGGUGGCUGCUUCUCCGGUGGCCAGUAGGCGGGCGCAUAUAGAUGCCCCGGUGGGCACCACGGCGCCCGUGGGCACUGCAUUGGGGACCCCUGUCUUAGAUGAUCCAGUAAGAAAGUUCCACAGUAUGUGACUGGGAACUUUGCAAAAUGCUUACGAAGUUAUGACCCAAGUCCUACCGGAGAUCACUCCUGACUAUGUCUCCUAGCUAAUAUUUUGAUUUGUGAAAUGUUGUGUAACUAUGCAGAGGUGGAGGAAACAGAAGUGGUGGUUUUGUUGAACUAACCCUUUGUAGGGGCUGCAAAUGAGUCUAAAAUGAAA